UUUCCCGCCCCUUAGCACCACUUCCGUUUCCGGUUCUGGCGGCCGCGAAGGCUGUGAGGAUGAUCGGGGACCUUCUGCUGUUCGGGACGCUGCUGAUGAACGCCGGGGCCGUGCUCAACUUUAAACUGAAAAAGAAGGACGCACAAGGCUUUGGCGAGGAGUCCAGGGAGCCCAGCACAGGUGACAACAUCCGGGAGUUCUUGCUGAGCCUGAGGUACUUCCGGAUCUUCAUUGCCCUGUGGAAUGUGUUCAUGAUGUUCUGCAUGAUCGUACUCUUUGGCUCUUGAGCACCAUAUGCGGAACCCAGAACUCUACUUGCUGGAUGUCGAGGCUCUGUUUCUCCCUUCCUGAUGACUUCAAGAAUGUUUCUCAUCAGAAACUGAGGCUCUUCCCAGAAAGCCCCAGCUCGUGGUGGGUGGAAAAUGUCAUCAAGAUGUCCCUGACAUCUCAGCCUUGGCACCAUCUCCAGCAUUGCUCUCCAUGGUUUCAGGGAACUCUCCAGAAGAGGAUGUGAUAGAGUCACAGUCCCUUAGGAGAAAGGAACAUAUCUAGAUCUUUCCAUUGUACUAGCAUCUGCCUUUUGCCCAGCCUUUCGUAAGAAACACGAUUUUGGAUCUUUCUUGGUUGACUUAUGUUCAAGGUCUUUUUGGUUAAUUUCAUAUGGAUUAUUUUUCUUAAUCAUGUUAAUACAGGAAUUGGAACUGGAGGGUUGGCUUUGAUGUUUAGAGCGGCCUUUUCUGCUCAGCCAGUUCUGUGGUGUUGGUAGAUCCAGUAGCAAUUCUGGGGCCAGCUCCAGGUGUUGCUACCAGAUUGCUCCCUUACCCCUGUCGCAGUGGGUGCCUGCUGCAGCAGAAGUCACCCUCCCAGGAUGUAAAGGAACAACUCCUCUGUCCCUGGGAUACCAGCCUCCUGUUUAGACACUAAGCUGUAAAUAAGAAAUGGAACAGCUCUGGGGGACAUGUUAGGGUUUCCCAGAAGAGGCAGGAGGAGUUGGUGGUGGAGACUGAAGUAUUAGGAACCACCCUGCUUUGCUUUCAGAAGCCCUUUGUGAAAUAAAGUGACUUUGGGGACCAUCUCUUGAA